GAUACUAUGCAGUUGAACUAGUGAACGACAGCCUGUACGAUUGGAACGUCAAACUCCUGAAGGUUGACGAGGAUAGCGCUUUGCACAACGAUCUCCAGAUGCUCAAAGAGAAAGAAGGAACAGAUUUCAUCCUCCUAAACUUCUCCUUUAAAGAUAACUUUCCUUUUGACCCACCGUUCGUGAGGGUCGUGUCGCCGGUGCUGUCAGGGGGGUACGUCCUGGGUGGCGGUGCCAUCUGCAUGGAGCUGCUGACGAAACAGGUGGCGCGGGGAGGCGUCGCGGGGUGGUCGCUGGACUGA